AUGUCACCUGAAAUGUUAAUGCAACCAUUCGAGCAAUCCUUUAGUAUUGUACCUAUGUUUAACAAUUAUUAUCAAUCAUCUACUGAUAAUCAUGCUACCACUGACACGGAACAGAAUAAUAAUAAUUACUUUUUUGACUUUACUCAGCAUCCUGAUAUGGAUCCAAAUGGUCAUUUUAGAACUACUUUUUAUAACCCUUUUGAAAUCAAACAUCGUCGUCGUACUUCUCGUGCACAACUUAAAGUACUUGAGAAAUCAUUUUCAGAAAAUCCAAAGCCCAAUGCAACAGUUCGUCGUAUUCUGGCUCAGCAAUUGGAUAUGACUCCUCGUGGUGUUCAAAUUUGGUUUCAAAAUCUUGCUACUGCAGCAGCAGUUAAUUGUAUGCUUGAUAACACACUACCUGAUGAUGUUUUGAUAAAUCAAAAUGACUGGUUCAAGAUGCCUAUUCAUCCUCUAGCCCCAGUAAUUGAUAAUACAGAGAGUUUUGGUCUUUCCUCUGAAAUGAGUUCUGAUGAAUGGAGAAGGAAAUCUUGCCCUAUUCUAGGAACAAAGAAUACUAUGUAUCCAUCACCAUGGCCAUUAUCUAAUAACAAUCACUUGUUAUAUGAUAGACGUUUAAUACCAGAUGAUCUUUCCACCUCUCGUCUAAUCACUAGGUCACUUUCAGAAGACUAUCCUAUUUCAAAAUGGAAUACCUCUACAUCUUCAUCUCUUGACCUUUACUAUUCUCCAAUGUCACAGCAAUUAACUCCUAUGCUUUCAACCGGUUCACCCGUAUCUUCAAUUGAUGGUGGCUACUAUGAUUCUUGCUUUGACUUACUUAUGACAUCUUCAUCUAUGUAAAGGCUCUUUUUCUUUCUUCUUUUUGUUUUCCUUUUUUUUUUUGGUUUUUC